GGGACAAUGAUCAGCCUGGGGAGGGUUUUGCUAGGGGACUCAAAAACCCAGGCACUCCUCCAGAAGGAAAGGUUGAGGACGUUUGGGACCUGUUCGGUGGAAGCGGCCAUGUCGCAAGCAACUCACCCACCCACCUUUCUGGUGAACUUCCAACUCCUGAGUGUUGUGGUGGUGCUGCUCGUCCAUGCAGAUGGCAUAUAUGCAGAAAGCCCCAGUGAAGUGCCUGCGAACAAGUCUGAGGAGUGCACGGGCUCGUACAUCUGCAAAAAGGGUGUGAUUUUACCAAUAUGGGAACCCCAAGACCCCUCAUUCGGUGACAAAAUAGCUCGGGCAACAGUGUAUUUUGUAGCGAUGGUGUACAUGUUCCUGGGAGUAUCCAUCAUAGCCGACCGCUUCAUGUCCUCCAUCGAAGUCAUUACAUCCCAAGAGCGGGAAAUAACCAUCAAGAAGCCCAACGGCGAGACCAGCAAAACCACAGUGAGGAUCUGGAAUGAGACCGUUUCCAACCUCACGUUGAUGGCCUUGGGCUCAUCCGCUCCCGAGAUCCUUCUGUCUGUUAUCGAAGUGUGUGGUCACGGCUUCACAGCAGGGGACUUGGGGCCAAGCACAAUUGUUGGAAGUGCUGCAUUUAACAUGUUUGUCAUCAUUGCGAUCUGUGUUUAUGUUGUUCCGGAUGGAGAGAUAAGGAAGAUCAAGCACUUGCGAGUGUUUUUUGUUACAGCGGCCUGGAGCAUCUUUGCCUACACUUGGCUUUACAUUAUUUUAUCUGUGUCUUCUCCUGGUGUUGUGGAGGUUUGGGAAGGCUUGCUCACCUUCUUCUUCUUCCCUAUCUGUGUGGUGUUUGCCUGGAUAGCUGACAGGAGACUUUUAUUUUACAAGUAUGUCUACAAGAAAUAUCGAGCUGGCAAGCAGAGAGGCAUGAUUAUUGAGCAUGAGGGUGACCGGCCUUCCUCCAAAGCUGAUAUUGAGAUGGACGGAAAGGUUGCUAAUUCUCAUGUGGAGAACUUUUUGGAUGGGACACUGGUGUUGGAGGUGGAUGAAAAGGACCAGGAUGAUGAGGAAGCCAGGAGAGAAAUGGCUCGGAUCCUGAAAGAGCUGAAACAAAAACACCCUGACAAGGAAAUUGAGCAGCUUAUAGAGUUGGCCAACUACCAGGUCCUAAGUCAGCAGCAGAAGAGCAGGGCCUUUUACCGCAUCCAGGCCACUCGGCUCAUGACCGGAGCUGGCAACAUCUUGAAGAGACAUGCUGCAGACCAGGCCCGCAAAGCCGUCAGCAUGCAUGAGGUCAACAGUGAGGUGGCAGAAAACGAUCCCAUCAGCAAGCUCUACUUUGAGCAGGGCACCUACCAGUGUCUGGAGAACUGUGGCACCGUCGCCCUGACCAUCAUUCGCCGGGGCGGCGACUUGACCAACACGGUGUACGUUGACUUCAGGACAGAGGAUGGGACGGCCAAUGCUGGCUCUGACUAUGAAUUCACUGAAGGGACUGUGGUCUUCAAGCCUGGAGAGACCCAGAAGGAGAUCCGUGUUGGCAUAAUCGAUGAUGACAUAUUUGAGGAGGAUGAGAAUUUCCUGGUCCAUCUCAGCAAUGUCCGCGUGAGCACUGAGGCCUCAGACGAGGGCAUUCUUGAGGCCACUCGUGUCUCAACGCUUGCCUGCCUGGGCUCACCGUCUACUGCCACUGUCACCAUCUUUGACGAUGACCAUGCUGGCAUCUUCACCUUUGAGGAACCAGUAACACAUGUCAGCGAGAGCGUGGGGACCAUGGAAGUGAAAGUGUUGCGAACCUCCGGCGCGCGAGGAAAUGUUAUUGUGCCCUAUAAAACCAUUGAAGGCUCAGCCAAAGGUGGAGGAGAGGAUUUUGAAGACACCUGCGGGGAGCUGGAAUUCCAGAACGAUGAGAUAGUCAAAACGAUAUCAAUCAAGGUGAUAGAUGAUGAGGAGUAUGAGAAAAACAAGACCUUCUACCUAGAGAUCGGGGAGCCCCGGCUGGUGGAGAUGAGUGAGAAGAAAGCCCUGUUGUUGAAUGAGCUUGGUGGCUUCACCAUCACAGGGAAACUCUGGAAGGGAAAACCCGUCUUCAGGAAGGUCCAGGCUAGAGAGCGUCCUCUUCCCCGCACCGUGGUCACCAUCCGAGAGGAGAACGAGGAGAAGCAGCCACUGACCAGCAAGGAGGAGGAAGAAAGACGAAUUGCGGAGAUGGGACGCCCAGUCCUGGGGGAGCACACCAAGCUCGAAGUCAUCAUUGAGGAAUCCUAUGAGUUCAAGAACACAGUGGACAAGCUCAUUAAGAAGACGAACCUGGCCCUGGUGGUUGGCACAAACAGCUGGAGGGAGCAGUUUAUUGAGGCUAUUACUGUCAGUGCGGGGGAAGACGAUGACGACGAUGAAUGUGGGGAGGAGAAGCUGCCCUCCUGCUUUGACUACGUGAUGCACUUUCUGACCGUCUUCUGGAAGGUCCUUUUUGCCUUCGUGCCCCCGACAGACUACUGGAAUGGCUGGGCUUGCUUCGUCGUCUCCAUCCUCAUGAUCGGCAUCCUGACAGCUUUCAUCGGCGACCUGGCGUCCCACUUUGGCUGCACCAUUGGCUUGAAGGACUCGGUCACUGCCGUCGUGUUUGUCGCGCUGGGGACAUCGGUGCCAGACACAUUUGCCAGCAAAGUAGCAGCGACACAGGACCAGUACGCGGACGCCUCCAUCGGGAACGUCACCGGGAGCAAUGCCGUGAACGUUUUCUUGGGCAUCGGGGUGGCCUGGUCCAUCGCGGCCAUCUACCACGCGGCACACGGACAAGCCUUUGAAGUCUCGCCUGGCACCCUGGCCUUCUCCGUCACCCUCUUCACCAUUUUUGCUUUUAUCAGUGUGGGUGUGCUGCUCUAUCGGCGGAGACCCGAAAUUGGAGGUGAGCUGGGCGGGCCGCGGACUUCCAAGCUGCUCACAUCCUCACUCUUUAUCCUCCUGUGGCUCUUGUACAUAUUCUUCUCAUCUCUGGAAGCCUACUGCCACAUAAAGGGCUUCUAAAGGAACAAUCAGAGAUAGUAAAUAUAUAUAUAUCUAUAUGUAUCUAUAUAGAGCAAUAUAUAGGUAUAGAUAUAGAUAUAACGCUGUGUAUAAUGAACAGAGAAAGAAUAAAAGAGAUUUGCCAUGUUCACACACCUGCUGACGGAAAGCGGCUUUGGAGCGUCCUUUGAACUAGGAGGGACCCCAAAGCCGGCCGGACCCCCUUCCCAGGGGUCCCCUCUUUGCAACUCUACCAGCGAGAGCAGCCGGCAGCGACCGAGCCCCGUCCCAUCGCUCUCACCACCCCCCCAGGAGGAUGGAUGGAUGCGAAGGCGACCGGGGCGCGUUGGCACGGGGAAGGCCGGAGCGGCUGGUGAGAAACGGAGCCGGUGGGCAAGGGAAGGAGAGGCGAGCGAGGGUCCUGAACCUCCGAGCAUCCUCCAUCCGCCUUCGCCACUUGGGAACGUCCCCUCUGGCCCUGGCAGAAAGAAGCGAGAGACCAGACUGAAGAAAAAGGGGAAACUGGGAGCUUUCUAAGGAUAGAACACAACCAUUUUCGUCAUCCGAUUUUUUUUUUCUCAUUUUGAUGUGUGUAUAAUUAGCAUUUCUCCUCCCUUCCCCCCCCCAUUUUCCCCUUUUCCCCCACCCUCCGUGCUUUGGGGACGCAGCCUCGUGUCCGGUGUCCUACGCUGAGGUCCCGCAGCGCCCGUCCUCUGCCCAGCCCAUGGCCCCUGCCUCGUCCACCCCCCCGGGCAUGCUGUCGUGGUACUAGUAACAUUUUGCAUGACUGAAACGAACCCUACCUGUAUAUAGCAUCCUAUAGCGAUAGUCCUUCCAGCCAUGUGGGUUGAGCAUUGCAGAUACAAGUGUUUUCACCUGGUUUUAUUUAUUUUAGGUAGUUUAGUUUCUCCCAUAGUUUGUUUUUUUUUUUUGUGCUUUUUUUUUUUUUUUUAUUUUUUCAUUUGGUUGUUUGUUUCCUCUUCACGGGGAGGGUGGGGGAAAGGAGGGAAAGCUUUCACCAUUCACUGCUCCGCGCACGGGUCCCUGAGAAGCAAUAACAGCCACGCGGGUGUUUCUGUGUCCUCGGGGGCCAAGAGACAGCCCCUGUUUCUGAGUGCUAAGCCAUCGGGAUCAGUCCUCAGGGGCUGCUCCUUCCCCACAGCCAUUUGGAGGCAGAACAGUCGGGUGUGAGAGCUGAAGGGCCGUAACGAGGUCUCCCACACCUCUGAAGGCAGCCGUGAAGCAUUCCCUGAGGAAAAAAAGGACACGUUUGCACCGCCAGCAGCGCUUAGCACUAGGCACUGCCUCCGGGAUCGAUCAUUCAGCAUGCAGCGAGGGCGAGCUCGGUGUCGAGCGGGGCACAGCCCUGGCAUGGAGGUGAGGUGGGGACCGGUGGCCUUGGCCAGGGUGACAGAGAGGAUGCGUCCAGCAGGGCAUCUCCCCUCUGGAAAGGGUGAGACGGGGCAGGUGUCGCUCAGCACCACCCCAUAUCUCCAGAAUAAGGUUGUGCAUGGUGUUGGGCGUCUCCUCACCCCACACCACCCACCUGGUGGCCCAGCCAGGCAAACCCCCAGCCUGCACGUCACUGGUGAGCUCCUCCGACCCGGCUGAGAAGCACCUCUGUACCACAACCGGUUGGCUGGGGUAUCUGUACUCAUUUUGAACAAGCUGUGGAAACUUCAAUUAACCUGUUGUAAGAUUUUCUCCAAGAGUCUAAAGAUAUAUAUUUUUUUUCCCUUGUCAAAGCUUUUUUUUUUUUUUUUUUUUUUUUCAUUUUGGAAGGGUUCUUGGGGUUUUCUUUUUGGUUUCUCAUUGUUUUGGGGGAGGAAUUGAACACAAAUGCAGGUUGUUCAGGUCUGUGAUUACCUUUAUGUACAAUGAUUUCGUUUUCGUUUUGUUUGGCUUCAUUGAUUUUUCUUUGUGUGUAUUGCCCACCACUAUAGGCAGUGAGUCCACUAAUUGUGAUGAUCCUUAUCAAUGGUACACGAUGCACAGACAAAUAAAGUUUGUAAUGAUUCCUCAUGGAUCCAGUAGUGCUCCUGCAUAUUCUCUAUGGACCCCCACCCCCUCCCCUUCCCUCUCCUUGUCUCCCUUUACGUUGCACCCAUCUCUUAUUUAUCCAUCGCUUUGCCUUCGUUGUGUUUCUGCUGCUGGUGGGGGCGUCGGGGCCUCCGGGCACACCUUCCUGCCCCAUCUCACAGCUUUCCUCUUGCUCCAUCGCCGUCACACCUCGGGCUCAGCGUGCUGGGGUGCAGCGGCGGCUCUCAGAGGGAUGCAGGAAACCACCCAAGGACAAAACUUGCAAGUGAAGCCCAUUUGGGGCCAGAUGCUGCUCCUGAGCUGAGCGCCCCGUCAGUGCUGGUUUGCCCCCAGACUCAGGGAGAGUCACGCAGCUGCCUGCGAGGAACUUAGCAGCCCUUUUUGCCCGUGUUCCCCAGCUGCACAGAACUGCUCCUGCUCUUGAUCCAGCCUUGUGGUUCAUCUGGCAGGGCCCCCUCCAGGCAGUGCACAUGUGUGGAGGGCUCUGCAGAGGGAUGCUCAGAGCUGCAAAGAGCCCGGGUCCCUUCCACACCAUUAAAAUGUGUCCCUUUGCAGGGGACCAGGCUCAGGUCUGCAGCUCCUGGGGCUCCGGCAGGCUCAGGAUGGGGCUGCACAGUGAGGCCAGCAGCAGCAGCAGCGCCUGGCUUUGGAGCUCCAGAGCAGGUAAAUGAUGUUCCCCCACAGCCGGAGGAUUUAAUGCAAUCGCUGGGCUGCACGAGCCUGGUCUUUUCCCCCAAAAAAACUAAGCUGCUUUUGCCAUCCGAGCCACUGACCCUCUCCCUGCUCAGCAUCCUCCAGGACGAGUGCAGCUCAGCCGCCAGCCUUUGUCAAGCCCCAGCCGAGCGCAGUCGGUCACGCCUGUGUGCCUUUCCCAGGCAGUGAAUUGUGAGAGCGAAGCACUUCUCCUGAUCUGGUAAUUACAUCUUCCGCAAGGUGAUGCUGGUAUUUCACUCUCAUCAUCCUUUUGCUUCUCCGGGAUGAAUCACAGUCGCCGAAGUCAUUAACAAGUCAAACGGGACACGUGUAGCGGCGCGGUUUAACAGGCAGUAAAUAAGCGUUCUGCUCACAGAGCUUUCCAGCGGGACUGAUGGAGCACUGCUCGCUCAGGACAAGGCCUAAAUCACACGGCUAACACCAGCCUUGUUUGUGCAAUUAUUCUCCACCAGCCCCAUGCUUUUGGCAUCUGCAAUGAGCUUAUGCAAAGAGUGAUGCCCGUUUGCCUGUAAGCUGCACUCCUCCUCGAUACACACAGACUCUGGAGGUCCCCAGUGCCGGCAUUUGUGGGUUUUUCUCCCCGUUUUCAUCGCUUCCUUCAAGGACAAGAGGGCAGAGGCAGGCUUUGGACCCUUUCUGGUAGCCACGUGCCUCAGACAUGUCAGAAGUCUGGAUGCGGUCUGUAAACUUGCCGUGCUAUUUCUGCCGCGGGCGGGGAGGAGAGGAGCAGAGGCCGUGUGUUAUUGUUAGGGUUAUUUUUAAGUGCUCGGGUAAGAACCGCGCGCAGCGAUGUUGGGGACCUUAUCCAUACCUAGGGAGGAGCUGCCUUACUGAGGGGAAAGUGUCGGUGUGCCAGGGGCAGAGAAAAGAGGGAAAACUUCAUGCCAGAGGGCGUUUGCAUUGCUUUUCCAUAAGCUUUGGCACCCGCGCCAUCCAGGGAAACACGUUUGCAGAGCACCAGGAACCCCUCCGGCCUCUCCCGAUGACCGACCACACGCACACGCACAGCUGCAGGAAAGCCUGUUUAUCUUGUAAAAACUUGACUUGCGCAGGAAAGCAUCCAGAGGCAUCUGUAUUCUUGCAAAAUGCCCCCGGGGGACAAUAAAUACAGCCGGAUUCCUCACCUUUUAAGGACUUGAGCCUCCCUCCUUUUGGAAGCCGAGGUGCCGAGAGCCUCUCGCCAGCCAGCGACAGCCCUCGUGCGGAGGGACGGGAAAGCUGCCAAGGCGGGCGCUGCCGGUGGGAUGUCCAGCAUCAGGGAGCACAGGGGAUGGGGGGAGCACCAGGGGGUCCCACGCAGAACUGGAAACCCCAUUUUAGGUGCUGCCACAGCAGGCACCCCUGCCCCGACUGCUGCGGCUGUGGGUCUUGGUGCAGCUGGUGGUGGGAAGCAGCAUCGGCACCGUACCCCCGGCAUCUCGGACUCAAGGCUGUGCAAGCAAAGGAACCUGCAAGUUUCCAGGUUGAGGAGGACAGAGGGUGGGCGUGCUGAGCCCUUCCUGCUCCUUCGUAUUGCCCUGAAGAUUAAUCAUUUGUGCUGAAUUUCCACCGUUAUCAAGGCCUACAGACGCUCGAGUUCCCCCAAACCCAAGCCUGGCUCUCCACUUCAGAGCAAACUGCUUUAACGGGGGGUUCAAGGUCCGUCUCAACUCCUUUACCUCAAAACAGCGCCUGCUCUCAGUGCUCUGAAAAAAUAAUCACCCCAUUAAAGUGGGCAGAGUUUGAUUAAGACCCUGCCCAACUGUGUAGUGAUGGCAUGAGGAUGUUCAAAGGAGGGCUCAGGCAGGAGACAAUGUCCUUCUUGCUGUGAAGCCUUCAGUCGCGAUGACUUGGGAUGCUUGGCCACACUUAGAGCUCCUAAACUCUACCAGGGCACGGAGGAAAGCCACGGGGCUCUCUCCCUGCACCUCUUGACCUCUCUGUAAAGGCCGGAUUUAGUUCCUCUCUAUUUCUAGUUCAGUGACUCCUAGGGAUGCAGGGAGGUGCAUGACUGGAUCACUCCUUGCCUUCAGCCCUAGUCCUGUGCGUUGGCUUGGUCUCGCUGAGCAAUGAGAGCCACAAUUAGAUGCCCCGUGGCUGGACUCCCCCCAAGCAGAAGGAAAUGAACAGGCACCUGUUGUGCCUUCCUUUGUUGGCUCCGUGUGGCUCCCCUUGUCUGCACAGCUCGUGAGCAAACACAUUCGUGCAGCGAGCCAGGCGGGAGCACUGCUCAUCCUCCUUCCAGCAGCUCCAGAGAGCAAAAGGCUGCGAUAACGCUUUGACACGAUAGCUGCUGCGUUAGCGAGAAAGAAAACUCUCUGUAUUUUUUCCCUGAUGACAACUCUGCUUCUGACAAGGCUUGUCCAGCUCGUCUUUUUUUAUUUAUUUUAUUUUUUUUCCACAAUGCAUUAAGCCCUCAGCUGUUGAGCAGGAGGCUCAGCUCUGCAGAUAAGCCAGCUUUUAAGCUUGCCCAUUGAGGAUGUGGCUCAGCAACCUGACAAAACAGUUUUGUUUGUGGAUGGGCAGGGAAGCUGCCGAAUUCCCCUAAACAUCAUAACUCCAGCGUGCUGCUGCGUGGCGGUGAAAGCCACAAAAUGCUGGGUUUUGGUAGGACGCAGCCCUCUGCUUCCUGGGUCUUUGUGAUGAAGAGAUGUGGCAUGAGGUGUGCUGUCAAAACCAGGACUUCCCGAUGGGCACCUUCAUACCUCCCACGGCCCAUGGGUUGCCUGGAGAGGUCCCUGUUGUCCACCAGGCCCAAAUCUGCUCUUAGCCAAGCAAGAAGAGGGCGCGGAGGUUUGCUGUCUCCAGACAGAGGUACCUGCAGGCAGAGCCAAGGGUGAGGCCUGGGCUCCCUGUGCUCUCAUCAGCCCUGAUUUCAGCCGGAGAGGCCUGAGGGAAUGACCAUAAUGUUCUGACAAAGUGGGAAAUGAGACAGGAGCUAGGCGAAAAGCAGCUGUAGCAGGGAUUUAGGAGUGAUUUUCCCUUGUAACGGAGCGGGCCGGUUAUCUCGAUGCUCGAGUGACCACUCCAGCUCUCAAAAGCCAUUCCGCACACUCGAAACACGGGGAAAGCAAAGCAACAGCUCCUCUUUCUGAAGCAGAAAGCAGCCUCUUGCCACGAGCCUGCAGAGGACACAGCGGCACAGCCCUCUCGGCCGAGGCCCAGCCAAGCCAGCGGCUUCUCCAUCCCGCUCUCAUUUCCACCAGCGAGGCGGGCUCGGGCCUAAUGUCAGGGCAGGAGAAACAGCUCAGAGAGACUUGGGGGCCCUCAAAAGCCAGGGGAAGGGCUGACCCUGCGAGGUGGGCACUUUCCUGCUCUCCCGUGACAGCCGCCCGGCACCCCCAGCACCCGGCACUGCCCUUGGAGGCCUACGGCUCCCCCCCGGCUCGCGCUUCCAGCCUCCCUCCCCACCAUCUCUCUUCCUCUUCCUUGUGAGCUCAACGGCACAAUGCAGCUACACUCUUUGAAAAGCCAUACUAUUUGUUGGUACGACUCUUUUAUGACUGUCGAUUUAUAUAUAUUUGUUGAUAAAAGAGGCCAUCUUGGGAGACGCUCGUAGUCGAACUGGGAGAUAAUCACCCGGUGCUGUAUAUUCUGUACAUGCUGUAUAAACAAACAAACAAACAAAAAAGCAAAGUAUUUAAACCUAAAUGUUCAUGGAGAAGGGGUUGGGGGGGAUGGUCGGGACUGAGUCAUCCCAUGGGGUGAUUGGGGACGUGGGGACGGGGACCUGGCAUCAAAACCAGGGCAGGGCCCGAAUUGGGGUCUCCAGCACUGCUGCUAUCCCCACUCACGGCCACUGCUCGGCCACCCGGCGGUGUGAGCUCCAAAAUCCCACUCCCUGCUGCCUUCGAGACCAUCGGAGGCGGCCGUGGUAGCCCGAAAAGUCGUGCUAAGCUCAUCUAUUUUUAUAUAUUCGUGGUGUUUUCCUAUUGGUAGAGAGUAGUGAACGAGUAACCCCGUAGCUGAAAGUGAAAUGUUCCAAGUAACUAUACGACUGCAGAAAAUGUUUGUAAUAAUAAUUUAUUUGAAAUAUUCUGCCAAAGAUAGCUCUCUAAUGACCUGUACAAUGUCGUUUCUCUCUUUUUGCUCUGAAUGUCAUUGUGAAAGCACCUUUCUCCCCGCUCUCUUUUGAAGAUUUGCUUUUUUUUGUAUAUUUAAGGGCAAUGAAAGAUGCCAAUGAUUUUUUUUUUUUUAAUUAUUUUAUUUUAACCGGAGCAGUAAAUGGCGUAGCAGGGAGGCGCGAGAUCACUUUUUAGCGGUCAGGUGAAGAACAGGACCCAGCAGAGGAAAGUGAGUUCAGGGACCCCCAAAAGCCAUUCCCUGGGGAUCCCAAAAUCAACCCCAAAAUCCCAGGAGGGGAUUCCCAGGGGAGCCCCAGCCACUGCAGGACACAGGCAGGUGGUCUUUACCAGGGAGAAGCUGCCCAGAUGGGUCUGUUCAGAAAUUACAGAAUUUUAUUUUAUUAUUUUUGUGUAGGGAAAAGUCUUAUUUCCCUUCUUCAUAGUUUCCUCUUGAAAGAACUUUUUAACACUGGGAAAAAAAAAAAAGAAAAAAAAGGCAUUAUCUUUAGUGAUCCCUACACCUGUUGCACUGGAAAUCCCUCCUCGGCUGCAUCCUUUAGGCUCCACCACAUCAGAGAGACUUUGGGCUCAGGUUUCUGUUGUUUGGUCGUUUGGGUGUGGGGUUUUUUUGUUGGUGGUAGUUUAUUUUUUUAUUUUUUUUUUGCUUCUGAGCAGAUUCGCAGUUUCUUAUAUUUCUUGGUGGUAAAGAGCCAGAGGAAUUGAUUGGUAAUAAGGAAACGGGAUGCAGGCUGUGGGCAUCGGGAGGCAGGGAUGUUGCAGGAGCCAAGGCACGGGAUUAAAGUCCCGGGCACAGUCUGCAGCCAUGCGAGCUGCAAGUUUUUGGCUCCUGCGUGCAAAGCGCUCCCCUGAAGCCAGGGUUACGGUGCCACGGCAUCGUGGAGACAGGUGAGCAAAGCAGGGAUGGCAACCGUGAGAAGAAUUGGGUUUCUGAUCACUGUGCAUUUUGUUAAUUAGUGAAUUCAAAUAGUUUUAUUUUUACCAAAAAAAAAAAAAAGAAAAAAAAAAAAAAGAAAAAAAAAAAAAAGGAAACCAGAUAAUCUUUAUUCCAGUACAGACAACUGUUGACAUAUAUAUAUUAUUUGAAUGGUUUAUAUCCUGUUGCUCUAACUGCAUAAAAUGGGAACCUGUUGCAAGGUGUGUCAUUCCGAUGUACAAAAUAAAUGACUUUUCCCUGCA